AUGGCUGUAGGAAAAAAUAAGAGGUUAUCAAAGGGAAAGAAGGGAAUCAAGAAGAAGGUCGUAGACCCCUUCACCCGAAAAGAAUGGUACGACAUCAAGGCCCCCUCAUUCUUUGAGAACCGAAAUGCCGGAAAGACCCUUGUCAACCGAACUCAAGGUCUUAAAAACGCCAACGACUCCCUCAAAGGACGAGUUGUCGAACUCUCCCUCGCUGAUCUUAACAAUGACCAAGAACAAGGUUUCCGAAAGAUCAAGUUGAAGGUUGAGGAUGUUUCCGGAAAGAACUGUCUUACUUCAUUCUACGGUAUGGACUUCACCACUGACAAGGUCCGAUCCGUCGUACGAAAAUGGCAAUCUCUUAUCGAAGCCAACGUUGAUGUCAAAACCACCGAUGGUUACCUUUUGAGACUUUUCGCUAUUGGUUUCACCAAGAGACAAUUCAACCAAGUGAAAAAGACCACCUACGCUCAAACUUCUCAAAUCAGAGAAAUCAGAGCAAAGAUGGUUGAGAUCAUGAAGAGAGAAGCUGAAGGUUCAGAUCUUAAAGAAUUGGUUCAAAAAUUCGUUCCUGAAUCUAUCGGUCGAGAGAUUGAAAAAGCUGCCAAGGGCAUCUACCCGCUCCACAACGUCUACGUAAGAAAGGCUAAGAUCGUCAAAGCACCUAAAAUUGACGCUUCUAAACUUCUCGAUCAACAUGGUGAGGCAACCGACGCCAACACCGGUGCCAAAGUAGUCAAAUCUGGAGAGUUUGUCGAACCCGAAGUUCUCGAGUCCGUAUAA